CGCAGUGCGCUCGCAGUCCGCCAUCACCGAGCAGAACCAGCGGGGCAGAGCUGCGAGUGGAGACGAUAACAGCCCGGAGAGGGACGUAGACCCACGGAGUGGUUCUCCCACCUCCACGCUUCCUUAAAAUAUUAUUUCAUGUUAAUAUAGAGACGACAGACUAACUAAACAUGUCUAACCUCAGCAAAGGGGGCACCAAGAAGGACACCAAAAUGAGGAUACGGGCUUUUCCUAUGACCAUGGAUGAGAAGUAUGUGAACAACAUCUGGGACCUUCUGAAGAACGCCAUCCAGGAGAUCCAGCGCAAGAACAACAGCGGGCUGAGCUUUGAGGAGCUGUACAGGAACGCCUACACCAUGGUUCUGCACAAGCACGGCGAGAAACUCUACACAGGCCUGAGAGAAGUGGUUACAGAGCACCUAAUCAACAAAGUACGAGAAGACGUACUUAAUUCUUUAAAUAAUAAUUUUUUGCAAACGUUGAACCAAGCGUGGAAUGACCACCAGACUGCCAUGGUCAUGAUCAGAGACAUUCUGAUGUACAUGGACCGGGUUUACGUGCAGCAGAAUAACGUGGAGAACGUGUACAAUCUGGGCCUCAUCAUCUUCAGAGACCAGGUGGUGCGUUAUGGCUGCAUAAGAGACCACCUGCGGCUCACCCUGCUCGACAUGAUCGCCCGCGAGAGGAAGGGAGAGGUGGUGGACAGGGGAGCCAUUCGGAACGCCUGCCAGAUGCUCAUGAUUCUGGGGCUCGAGGGCCGGUCAGUGUAUGAAGAGGAUUUUGAGGCCCCGUUUUUAGAAAUGUCUGCUGAAUUUUUCCAGAUGGAAAGUCAGAAGUUUUUGGCAGAAAACAGCGCCAGUGUUUACAUUAAGAAGGUGGAGGCCAGGAUUAAUGAAGAGAUGGAGCGCGUGAUGCACUGCCUGGACAAGUCGACGGAGGAGCCCAUCGUGAAGGUGGUGGAGCGGGAGCUCAUCUCCAAACACAUGAAGACCAUAGUGGAGAUGGAGAACUCCGGCCUCGUGCACAUGCUGAAGAACGGAAAGACUGAAGAUCUGGCCUGUAUGUACAAGCUGUUCAGCCGCGUGCCCAAUGGCCUGAAGACCAUGUGUGAGUGCAUGAGCUCGUACCUGCGGGAGCAGGGCAAGGCCCUAGUGUCCGAGGAGGGCGAGGGCAAGAACCCUGUGGAUUACAUCCAGGGGCUGCUGGACCUGAAGAGCCGUUUCGACCGCUUCCUGCAGGAGUCCUUCAACAAUGAUCGGCUGUUCAAGCAGACCAUCGCCGGGGACUUUGAGUACUUCCUCAACCUGAACUCACGCUCGCCUGAGUACCUCUCGCUCUUCAUCGAUGACAAGCUGAAGAAGGGAGUCAAAGGGCUGACGGAGCAGGAGGUGGAGUCGAUUCUGGACAAGGCCAUGGUGCUGUUCCGCUUCAUGCAGGAGAAAGACGUGUUUGAGCGCUACUACAAGCAGCAUCUCGCUCGACGGUUGCUCACCAACAAGAGCGUGUCGGACGACUCGGAGAAGAACAUGAUCUCCAAACUGAAGACGGAGUGUGGCUGUCAGUUCACCUCUAAACUGGAAGGAAUGUUCCGGGACAUGAGCAUCUCAAACACAACCAUGGAUGAGUUCCGCCAGCACCUACAGUCCACUGGGCUGUCUUUGGGAGGAGUAGACCUGACAGUAAGAGUGCUCACCACAGGUUACUGGCCCACUCAGUCAGCCACGCCCAAGUGUAACAUCCCCCCCUCUCCCCGCCACGCCUUCGAGGUCUUCAGGAGGUUUUACUUGGCGAAGCACAGCGGAAGGCAGCUGACCCUGCAACACCACAUGGGCUCCGCAGACCUGAACGCCACUUUCUACGGGCCCAUUAAAAAGGAGGACGGCUCAGAGGUGGGAGUGGGCGGGGCCCAGGUAACAGGCUCCAACACCAGGAAGCACAUACUGCAGGUGUCCACCUUCCAGAUGACCAUACUCAUGCUCUUCAACAACAGAGAAAAGUCCACCUUCGAGGAGAUCCAGCAGGAGACGGACAUCCCCGAGCGGGAGCUGGUGCGGGCGCUGCAGUCGCUGGCCUGUGGCAAAACCACCCAGCGCGUCCUCACCAAGGAGCCCAAGUCCAAGGAGAUCGAGAACGGCCACGUCUUCACCGUCAACGACCAGUUCACCUCCAAACUGCACCGAGUCAAGAUCCAGACCGUCGCUGCCAAACAGGGGGAAUCGGACCCCGAGCGGAAGGAGACGCGGCAGAAGGUGGAUGACGACAGGAAGCACGAGAUCGAGGCGGCCAUCGUCCGCAUCAUGAAGUCCAGGAAGAAGAUGCAGCACAAUGUGCUGGUGGCAGAGGUGACCCAGCAGCUGCGGGCGAGGUUCCUGCCCAGCCCGGUGGUGAUUAAGAAGCGCAUCGAAGGACUGAUUGAGAGGGAAUAUUUGGCACGAACACCCGAGGAUCGCAAAGUGUACACUUAUGUGGCGUAAACGAGUGCCGUGGGAAGAACACACUUCUGGACUAUGUUAUGCGCAUGAACUUGGAAGUUCCUUUUAACUAUGAAUACUGGGAAACUGAUUUUUACCUCCAUAACGAAAUAGAAAAUAACACAAAAAAAUCCAUUAAAUGUUGACAGUGUUUAAAAUGGGCCUCUUCUCCGUGUGAGAGUUCCAGUGCGGAUGGAUCCCGCUGUUCUGCUCCUGCACACACCGCCUCUCAACACGCCGCGCAGAAAGGUGACCGUGGCACAUAAUCGUUUGCAAACCUGUUCAGAAAGGAAAAGAAAUAAAACAUCAGCUCAGGCGGGUUGCACAUAGAAAGUUCCUCUGUCCCCAGUUUUUAAUGUUGCUGUACGUGUUAUGUUAGUGUUUUGUGGCGCCAUGCUGGUUGUACAGGUUGUCUGACACAAUUGGUCUUUAAUUCUGCUUUGAGGGUUAAUCCCAAGUUUAAAAUAUAAAUAUAUUUUUAUUGCUGGUUUGCAGAGUGAUGGCAGUGGCUUGAGAGCAUGCUAUAUUUUCUAGAAUGGAGCAAUUCACACAAGCUCUAAGUUUUUUUUUUUUGUUUUUUUUUUUUGAGGGUGUGGGUACUAUUGUAAAAUGAUCAUCCCGAUAAAUAUUUUUUUAAUAUUAGGUCCUUCCAAUUAGAGUUCACACUGGGGUUAGGGUUCUCCUGGCAUUUUAGAAGGAACCAAAUGAACAUGUUUUAAUGUGUAUAAAGUGUAAAAUAAUAAUUACUGUUCUCACUGUGCAGACUGUACAGGGCCUUGUUUUCAUCAUAUUAAAUGUAGAAAAAGAAAAUAAAAAAUAAAUGCUGUUACUGUUUUA